AGUAUUAACUUAAUACACGAUAGUUAUAAUUGACGAUCAAUUCUGGGUUUCGUAGGCUUAUCCAAGAAAGGUUCGAUGAGGAAGUAACCCCUCAUAUUUCUGAUGGAAAAUUACACUGUAGUGCAAUGCACUCUUAAGACACUCGACAGACGGGAAGUCUUAUCUUCAAUAUUUACCUUUCCAGCGACGGUAGAUAAUUGGUUCACUUAGUAAUUUAUUAACGAUGUCUGUGUUGGUGAAACCCCAAGUCACAUCACAAGUAGGGCAAGAAACCCAGCAAAUUUUUCGCUGUAGGACAUACGUUAUUUCCUUCGUAUGAAAAUCUUGUGACUUGGGGUGUUUCAUAACCUCAUGACUUCCUCUCAUUUACGUGUCCCCGAGACUUCAGGAAUGAACGAAAAACCUGUCGUUCUUCUCACUGGAUUUGGGCCGUUUCGACAAUACAAGACGAAUGCCAGCUGGGAAGUCGUGAAAGCAGUAAAAGAUUUGGGCGUUGACGAUUUGGGAAUACAUUUAGAAACUAAAGAAAUUGAAGUAUCGUAUAAAACUGUACUGGAAGAAAUUCCUAAACUCUGGCUAGAGUUGAAACCUACAUUAGUGAUACAUUUGGGCGUCUCAGCAGCAGCUACUGAACUUACAAUUGAAUCGUGCGCUCAUAAAUCUGGUUACAGAGGUUGUGAUGCGAGUGGAAAGUUACCUCCCGAUGGAAAAUGUGUCUACGGUGUUUGUGAAGAUGUUUAUUCAGAAUUAGAUCUCCAAAAAGUGGUGGGAGAUAUGAAUAACACAAAUCUAGGAGUUUCAGCCACUAUUUCUAAUAAUGCUGGAAGGUACUUGUGUGAAUUCAUCUACUACACUUCUUUAUGCAUAGAUAACAGGCACACAUUAUUUAUUCAUGUGCCUGACAUUGGUAAGCCAUAUACACUAGAGCAAAUGGCACAAGGAAUAAAAGUAAUUAUUGGAUCAAUAAUGGAUCAAAUUGGAAGAAAUUCAAACUGUGAAAAUGUACAACUGAGUGCACAAGAUCAGGCAUGUUCAGUGAAAUGUAAUGAAAUUUGAAAUGGCACAAAAGAGCGCAAUGUCUCACAACAAACUUAAUAAAGCAGAUAAAUUUAUA